GCUGCUCGGGCCGCGCUCUGGGCGGCUCCCGGGCGGGCGGAGCGGACGGUGCACCCCCGGCCCACAGGGCGACCUCGCUUCGCUUCGUGGGCCCCUCGCCGACGGUCGGGUCCCGGAGCAUGGCGUCGGCCUUUCAGAGGGUGGUCCGGAGCGUGGUCCAGGAGCUGGACCCCAGCAGGGAGCUCAUCCCUGUGGACAGCCCCCGGAGCUCGACCAGCUUCCGGCCCUACUGCCUGGUGAGCAGGAAGCCCUCCAGCUCCUGGUUCUGGAGACCCCACUACAAGUGUGUCAACCUGUCAAUCAAGGACAUCCUGGAACCUGAUGCUCCAGAACCAGAUUUGGUGCAUGGCGGCCCCUUCCACUUCUCUGACGCGGUGGACGGGCAGCUGCAGGGAAGUGUGGAGCUGUCAGCCCCAGGACAGGGGAGGAUCGCGGGCGGGGCUGCAGUGUCCGGCAGCUCCAGUGCCUCGAUGGAUGUGUGCAUGCUGAGCGUGGACCCGAACACCUGGGAAGCCAUGCAGCAGGAAAGGCGCCUGCGGCAGCCCGAGCACAAGACCCUGCAGGAGCUGCGGAGUCGCGGGGAUGACGUAUUUGUGGUGACGGAGGUGCUGCAGACGCAGGAGGAGGUGGAAGUCACCCGGACCCACAAGAAGGAGGGCUCGGGCCAGUUUGCGUUGCCUGGAGCCAUGUGCUUGCAGGGCGAAGGUCAGGGCCAUCUAAGCCAGAAGAAGACGGUCACCAUCCCCUCGGGCAGCAUCCUAGCAUUCCAGGUGGCCCAGCUGGUUAUUGGCUCUGACUGGGACAUCCUUCUGUUCCCGGAUAAGAAGAAGAGAACCUUCGAGCAGCCCCCCACAGGGUCCUUUCUGGGGUUCAUCCGUGACCGCUACAAGUUCCUGACAGAUGGGGCCCCUGAGGAUGAGGAGGUCACCAAAGACUUCCAGGGCCUGCGGGCAGAGGUGGAAGCCCACUCCAAGAAACUGGAGUGCAUGGAGAGAGGGCUGAGUCUGCAGCUGCUGGGGUACCUGCAGCAGCUGCUGCGGGACCAGCUUGCCCUGCAAGCCUUACAGGAGUCGCUGCAGCAGGGCCUGUGCUGCGGGCGUGUGGAGCCUCUGGAUGGUCCAGCAGGUGCCAUCCUUGAAUGCCUCGUGCUCCCCUCCAGAGUGCUGGUGAAGCAACUUGCUGUCCCCGUCUUCUACCUGCUGGGGGCAUUGACCAUGCUGAGUGAAUCCCAGCAUGUUCUAUUGGCCCAGGCGCUGGAGACAGGGGCCCUGUCAGGGCAGCUGGAGCUGGUGGGGAGCCUCUUGGAGCAGAGCUCCCCAUGGCAGGAGAGUUGUGCCGUGUCCCUGCCACCCAGGCUCCUGGGGAGCAGCUGGGGCGAGGAGGCACCCACUUGGGUCUUGCUAGAGGAAUGUAGUCUGGAGCUGCAGGUGGGCGCCCCCCACGUGUUCUGGGAGCCGCAGGCCCAGGGCCCCACAUGUGCACUCUACACCUCCCUGGCACUCCUGUCAGGGCUGAGCCGGAAGCCCCUCUAGCCUGCACGCCUGCACAACUCCCCGGCAGGGCAGAGCCUGUGUCCACCCCA